AUGGCCCCUACAUCAGUUUCAGAGAUUCUGAACGGAAUUGCCUCUGCACGUGUUUCUUUUGACAAGAAUGAAGCAGGAUCAAGGGAGGCUUUGAUCGACUAUAGCCGUUCGCUGAUUUCAUCCCUUGAGAUUCCAAGCGAGUUUCUCCAGCGCACAUUCUGGGCAGAACCCGCUCAAUCGGCCAUUAUCCGCCUCGCCGUCAAUGUCAAGCUAUUCCAGCACCUUCAAGCAGCCGGUGAUGCUGGACUCAUUCUAUCGGCGUUAUCAGAGAAGACCGGGAUUGAUGUCGUACUGCUACAACGUUUUACAAGACACCUUGUAGCCAUGAACUUGCUCACCUUCUCUGAUGGCGCUAUCCACGCAACACCACUGAGCAAUGGCCUCGCAGCAGAAAACUAUCAACAGAGCAUCUGUUUCUGCUAUGACACAUCUCGCCCAUCAUUCAACAAUUUCCCUGACUUCUUCAAGAAGACUGAAUACAAGCCCCCAGCUCCCGGCGGCACAGAUGGCCCAUUUCAGGAUGCACACAGCACCCAGCUUCGUUUCUUCGAUUGGCUGGUUGCGACUCCGCCAAACCUCCUUCAUUUCGAUUCUUUCAUGAGUGCCUACCGUGCCGGAAAGCCCGACUGGUUUGACUAUUAUCCCGUGGCAGAGCGCCUGAUAGAGGGGUUUGAUUCCUCCAAUAACGAAGCUCUUCUCGUUGACGUCGGUGGUGGCCGAGGUCAUGAUAUGACUACUUUUGCAAAGAACUUCCCCACCAGACCUGGAAAGAUCAUCCUAGAGGAUCGAGAGCCUGUUAUUGCCGCUGUCACUGCGGCUAAUACCGAGCUAGACUUCGAUGUCCUCGCUCAUAACUUCUUCACACCACAGCCCAUUGUUGGUGCUCGUGCAUACUCUCUUCACUCUAUUCUUCACGAUUGGGGUGAUGAGGAUAGCAUUAAGAUCAUUGAAAAUCUUGUACCUGCCCUGAAGAAGGGAUAUUCACGAGUUCUAUUCAACGAAAUUGUACUUAGUGAGGAGAAGCCUACGUUGGCAGCGACAAAUAUGGAUAUGAUGAUGCUUGCUCAUUUCGCCGUUCGGGAACGAUCUGAAGAGGAUUGGAAGAUUCUUUUGGCUAAGGGUGGAUUGAAGGUUGUGAAGAUUUACACAAGCCCCGGUGUUGCAGAGAGUUUGAUUGAAGCGGAAUUAGCUUGA